UAUGCCAAGACUGCUAUUUUUUAAAUGUUUUCUUCCCGCUUUUAAAAGUUUGCUGCCUAACAGUUAAUUAAUAUGUUGUUAUUUUAAUGCCCUGGGAAUGCUAUCAUCUUAUUUGGAAGAUGCUGCCUUCUAUCAGCACCAUUGCAGGAUCAAUGGAAGGGUAUAACACAUCCUCUGCAGACUUCACUUUCAUGGGGCUGUUCAACAGAAAGGAAACCUCAGGUCUUCUUUUUGCCAUCAUCUCUGUCAUCUUCUUCACUGCACUGUUGGCCAAUGGGGUUAUGAUCUUCCUGAUCCAAACAGAUUUGCACCUUCAUACUCCCAUGUACUUCCUCCUCAGUCACCUUUCCUUGAUUGACAUGAUGUACAUUUCCACCAUUGUGCCUAAGAUGCUGGUUGAUUAUCUGCUGGAUCAAAAGACCAUUUCCUUUGUCGGGUGCACAACUCAACACUUCCUCUACCUUACCCUCGUGGGAGCUGAAUUCUUCCUUCUGGGCCUCAUGGCCUAUGACCGCUAUGUGGCCAUCUGUAACCCUCUGAGAUACCCCGUCCUCAUGAGCCGCCGGGUCUGUUGGAUGAUUAUAGCAGGUUCUUGGUUUGGGGGCUCUUUGGAUGGCUUUCUCCUAACCCCCAUCACCAUGAGCUUUCCCUUCUGCAAUUCCCGGGAGAUUAACCAUUUCUUCUGUGAGGCACCAGCAGUCCUGAAGCUGGCAUGUGCAGACACAGCCCUCUACGAGACAGUGAUGUAUGUGUGCUGUGUUUUGAUGCUGCUGAUUCCUUUCUCUGUCGUCCUCGCUUCCUAUGCCCGAAUCCUGACCACAGUUCACCGCAUGAGCUCCGUGGAGGGCAGGAAGAAGGCCUUCACCACUUGUUCCUCCCACGUGACUGUGGUGUCUUUGUUCUACGGGGCUGCCAUGUACACCUACAUGCUGCCACACUCUUACCACACACCAGUCCAGGACAAAGUUCUCUCUGUGUUUUACACCAUUCUCACGCCCAUGCUGAACCCCCUUAUCUACAGCCUUAGAAACAAGGAUGUCACUGGAGCUCUGAAGAGGGCACUGGGGAGGUUCAGGGGUCCUCAAAGGGUGUCAGGAAGUGUCUUUUGACAGUCAACUCCUUCCCAUGCAUAUGGCAAAUGGGAGGUUCUGUGGUCACUGUGACUAUGCUUUCAUUGGAAGAUGAAGCAAAAAGGGAGGGAGUGAUGUUAUAACAAUAUUGGGUUUUGGUCUAGGGUUUCUGGUUCAUAACUCCAUAGUCAUGUUACAAUGUUGUGGUGCUUUAGGCUUCAGAAUCAGUUCUCAAAAAACUGAAUCUCUCUCUGUGAACUUCUCCUUCCCUCUUUUCACUUGCUUCUUUUUCUCCCCAAAGCAAGCCUUAGAAACUAAAAAUAUAAUCCAAUCUUUCCCCACUUUUGGCCAUAAAGAAGCUAUCUGACUACCUUGUCUGAUGGUAGGUCAUAAGACCUCUGUUUCAAAAGAGGUCCUCUUCUCAUACCCUGGAGGAGGGAGUGCUGUAAAGAGAGGCCAAGAAGAAUCUGAUCAGACAGGGCUUCAUGGCUGUCCCCACUCAGUCUAUUGAUAUUAGGUCAUACUCUCUCUGUUCAAUCAUAUUUCUAUACCUUUGUCCAUGUUUCAAUCAUGACUAUUCAAUAAAGUCUCCAUAAAAGGAGAAGCUAUGGAAAACUUCUGGACAGCUAAACU